UUGUCAACCUGUUAAGUGGUUAAAACAGUUUUGGAAUGUUGUUCAAAUAACAUUUUUUUUUUUACAAAUUUAACAUUUAGUCAAAACUAAUUAGAAACUUAACUUGUUUCACUAAUAACACAUAUUUUGAAGUAACAGAUUAAAAUUAUUAAAAAAUAAAAAUUAAAGUAACGCUUUAGUAAUAAAAUAAGUUAUAAAUCAAAUUACACGUAAAAAAAUAAGUAUCGUUUAGUCAAAUAUAACUAAAACUUAAAUUCGGGUUGUUUCACUGACACAUUUUUUGAAAUAACAAAUUUAAAUUAUUAAAAGUCAAAACGUAAAAAAUAACAUUUUAGUAAUAAAAUAAACCAAAUUUAUAUCGAUAUUGUCAAUUUUUACGAAACAAUAAAUUUGUGAUAUUUCUAAAAAGAAUUGAUGAAUUCUACUCGUUACAUAUUUUUGGCAUUAUUUUAAAAAGAUUUUUGCAUUCAUGAUUUUGCCAGCCUGUUAGGUGGUCAAACAGAUUUUUGGAAUGUUAUUCAGACAAAAAUUCUGACUAUUAGUAAAAAAAUUUAAGUAAAAUAUUUUUUGAGCAUUGAAGUAAUUUAAUUAAGUGUAGAAAAAAAUUCAGUACUAAUGAAAAAGCCUAUUACAAGACCAUAAUAAAUUGCUUAUAAAUCAGAAGGAGAAGAUAUAAUUAACCAAACACCACAAGAGAGAAAAACUCGAAGAAAAUAUUUCGAUCCUUAUCAACAUUUUUGAACCAAAAUUUUCUGGUAUUUCUCUUGUUUAAUCAUACAAAAGUUGAUCUGUUUUUUUAUAAAAUAUAAUUGUCUCUGUUUAGUGUUUCUAAUCUUCAUUUCAUUUUUAUACUUUGUUAUCCUGAUUUUUUUUUUGUUGAUAUACCCUAUUGGAUGCUUUGAUCCGGUCGAUCUCGGGAGAAAUUGUUAUUCUGAUUAAAGUGCAUAGAUCUAUUGAUUCCUAGGUUUCUGCUAUAUUUCUGAUAUGCUUUUAAAUCAGUUCCAUGAUGAAUAUAUAACAAUUAGAUUUAUAUUGAAUCAGUGUGAAACCCUAUAGAAUGUUUUGUAGAUUUGCCAUGAAAACAAUCCACACUUGUCUUUGUGCAAUAGAACUUUGUGUUUGUUCUAUUUAUCUAUUUGUUGUUAUCUGUAGAAAUGAAUCCGUUGAAUCUAGCCACCACAAGCUCACCAUCUCCAGUUGCUAAUGAUCUCUUGGCGAAGCGAAAGAGAGGCCGUCCACGCAAAAAUGAAACCACAACACAACCUCAACAAGAAAACGUUAACCUGGUUGGUAAGACGUUUUCUGCUGUGGUCGCAGGAUCUUUCGACACGGGGCACAUCGUCAAUGUCAAGGUGAACGACAGUGACACGGAACUGAUAGGUUUCGUGUUCAUGAAGGGAAAAGUCACUCCGGUAGCUCCUGAAAACGACGUGGCUCCCCAUGUUAAAAUGGUUGCGAAAGAAGGAAUCAAGAACCAAACUGAUCUCCCUCCUAAUGAUCAACCAGUGAAAGAUGUGGAGAUCUGUGAAUCUGCUCGACCGUUGUCUCUAGUGCCGUAUCAGAGCGAUGACGAAGAACCCAAGGAAGCUGUGGUGGAGGAGAGAGAUGGAGUUAUGGAAGAAGGAGAAGCUGCGACUCCUUUGCUGGAGUUUUUUCCAACUCCGGAGGCGACCGUGGUGGCUUCUCAACAGAAUCUUGCCUUGGCACAGAAAGAAGAGGCUACAGGUGAGGCUCGUGGGUUUGGUGUUGAGGAACCUGUUGGUCCGGUAGAGAAAGUGCCGCAGGAGCUUAGGCUAGAGCUUGGGAACAAGAUGAUAAUGAGUGGAGACAACAAAAAUGGAACAGAUCCUAACACAUCUGUGUCCAAGAGUGGCUUCAUAGCGAAUUUGUAUGAAGGAGAAGGCAAGAAGGUUGACUGUGCCAUGGAGGAAGAAGCAGCUCCAUCAGUUCCGUAGUUAACAAAAUGAACACCGUUCUGUUAUUUUAUAUCUUCAGACUCUCCAUUGCCUAUUCUGUUUUUCUCUUGUUUCAGUUGUUUGUUUAAAACAUUUGUGUUCAGUAAUUGUUGUAAAACUGUU